CUCACUCUUCCUUCCUCCUCCUCCUCCUCCUCCUCACUCUUCCUUCCUCCUCCUCCUCCUCCUCCUCCUCCUUCCUCCUCCUCCUCCCUUCAUAUUCAAGCUGUUGUAAACUCUCACUUCACUGAGCUCAGGAGACACGAGGAGUUGAAUCUUCUUCAGUGAAUCACAGAUCAUCUUCUUUUCCUUUGCUCCUCGUCCUCGUCCUCCGGUCUGGUCGUCAGCAUCAUGGACGGAGCUCCGGAGCGGCUGGACGCUGCAGGUUUCUUACAGAUCUGGCAACGCUUGGACAUGAACAAUCACGGUUACAUCGAGAGAAAACAGCUGGACGACUUCUUUCAACACGUGUUGGAAAAACUGGGGAAUAAAAAGACGGAGGAGAUGACUGACGACCACAUCAGAAGACUGAGGGAAAGGUUCACGUCUGCUCAGGACCGCUCGGCUGACGGACGUCUGCAGAUCCAAGAGUUGUCCGCCGUGAUGCUGCCAGAGGAGGAAAACUUCCUGCUCCUGUUUCGCAGAGAGAUGCCGCUGGACGACAGCGUGGAGUUCAUGAGGAUCUGGAGAAACUACGACGCCGACAGCAGCGGCUACAUCUCGGCCCUCGAGCUCAAGGGCUUCCUUCAGGACCUGCUCGUCCAACACAGGAAGUCCAUUGGUCCCGAGAAACUGGAGGAGUACACCGUCACCAUGAUGAAGAUGUUUGACAAAAACAAAGAUGGCCGACUGGACCUGAACGACCUGGCCAGAAUUUUGUCCCUGAGAGAAAACUUCUUACUGAAGUUUAGGAUGGACGCCUGCAGUCAUGACGACAGGAAGAGAGACUUUGAGAAGAUCUUCGCUCACUAUGACGUCAGUAAGACGGGUGCGUUGGAGGGUCCUGAGGUCGAUGGAUUUGUCAAAGAUAUGAUGGAGCUGGUGAAGCCCAGCCUUGGUGGCGUAGACCUGGACAAGUUCAGGAAAUCGCUGCUGGGUCACUGCGACAUCAACGGAGACGGGAAGAUCCAGAAGAACGAGCUGGCGCUCUGCCUCGGCCUCAAACUCAGCUAACCUCCUUCCUCCCCAGGUUGUGCUCCUCCUCUUCUUCCUCUUCUUCCUCUUCUUCCUCUCUUCCUCUUUCCCUUUCUAUCGUCUUCUCGGUCUUCCUCUCUUACUUAUUUACCUAUUUUAUGCCCGUGAACAAAAUAUAUUCCCACAGUUUUUACAUAAUUUUGAUGGAGAUGAAGCGUAUUAGAUAUGAAUCCAUGCUGUCGUGGGUUUAAACACGUUUGUUUUGUGAUGAUUUUUUCAUGAGUGCACGCUGCUGCUUCUUUGUAACGUGACGAUUCAUGAAACUUGUGUUUGCAUGAAGUUACUGUGAAAGAAGUUAAAUGAGUGAUGAUGGUGAAUAAAACCUAUUUAAUCUCUUGUCAGCUGUGUCUUUCUUAUAUAUAUAUAUAUUUAUAUAUUUAAUGUUUUUAUUUAGAGCCUGAUCUAUGUGAAAUCUUUUAUUGUACAGAAUAAACAAUGCAGAAAAAAUGGAACAGGAACCGAGGUCUUCACUAUCGGUGGACCACGUACGAUAUAUCGCAUUUACAUUUCUCUUUGUACCAUUUACGUACAUUCGGAAUAUUGAAUAUCUCCUGCAGGAAGUUUUCAUUACGUCGACUCAGCUCCAGCAAAGGGUUGAAAAAGAUGCCACAUUUUAAAGAAUAACAGAGAAAAUAAAACACAUAUAUAAAAUACAUAUAUGAUGAUGACCUUUUGUCCAAAGCACAAUCAUUGAUAUUUGACGAUACAGUAGGAAGGAAGCAUUCAUUUUAUUAAUUAUUCAUUUUAUUCAUUAGCCCUGACUGGGAAUCGAACAACGACCUUCUGUGUCACAGUCUGUGGUGCAACCACUGAGCUACAUCAGCUAUGUUGCCUCACUCCCUGCAA